AUAUCUGAACGCAGUCUCAGUGCUCAGUCUUCUCAUUGCUACCGGCACCCGGCAUAUUCCUAUUUUCCAUAAUUCUAUACAUUUCCCGCUAUUAAUCUACAUAUUAGAUGCUACCGAACAGCUGAUAGUACAACGUACAUUUUGAACUCAGAUUAGGAGUCACGAUAUCUUAAGAAAUAUUUAUGAAAUAAGAGAAGAGAAAGAAUUAUACGCACGUCCUUCCUUUCUAUUAGAUUAUUUUUCAAUCUGUAAGAUGAAAACGAAUACUAGCAGUGAAACGAUUGUAACUUCUGAGGAUAAGAGUAGGAAAUCUUUACAUGAAUUACAACCAUCGGCUAUUAAUAAAGAAACUUUAGUUGGUGCUGAUAGGAUGAUCAAUUCUACUGAACAAUCGAAAAAAGCAAAACCAAAAAGGACUAUAUCUCAUGCAACAAAAAAUAGUUCUAAACACAAGAAUAUAAAAACCAAGGACAAGGCUGUCCAAACUGUACAAGAGGAAAAAGUACAGAUUGAGGCUGAGGAUUUAAUAUCUACAGAUGCAGCUGGCCCAAGCAAAAACUAUUGGCAAGUUAUAGCUGAAAAACGACGAGUAGCCCUUAAAAAUGCUUUAGAGGAAAAUAAGGAACUUGUACAAUGUAUUGAAAAGUUAGAAGAAGAAAAGCGUAUCUAUAAAGAGAUGUUAGAUGAGACAAGAACAUAUGCUGAAGUGCUACAGGAGAUGAUUGGAAAUGAUAAAAAUGGCAUAAAUAAUUUACUAGAAGAUAGUAUUGGGGAUGAUAGAAAUGGCAUAAAUAAUUCACUAGAAGAUAGUAUUCUUUAAUAUAUAUAUAUAAAUUUGUUUUUUAUAAGAAAAUAAAAAAAAAGAAUAAUAUAAAAAAUUAGUAAACUUUUUGCACAC